GUUUGAUGUGCGAGUGCGAGCGAAGUGGUGCGCGAAACAAAGCAGAAAUCAGCAGUCAAAAAACGCAGUUCGUCUGAUCGUUCGUUCGUUUUCCUUGGUAACCUGGGGGAAGAAAAACGGGUAGGUUACGGGUUCGUUUCUUCCGAUUCGCGGACCGUGGAUAGUGCGUGCGAAAUCUGUUGCAGUGAACAGCCGGAAGAAUAACUUCCUCGCGUCUCCGUGUGCUUUGCCUUUUUGGCUAAUUUGUGGGAAGUGUGUGUGAGAGUGAAUUUCCAUCGAGUGGAUUCAUAGUGGGACGGAAUCGGAAAAAGUGGAUUCGAUGAGAACGUAAAAUUGAAGGCAGAAAACUGCGAAGAAGGAAAAAACAACUGUCACAGUUCACGUCAGAGGAGGCGGAAGAGCGCAGCAGUGAAGUUUCUUUAUCCGUCUCUGCUGCUACCAGCCUGCCAUAGGGUGAAAGGGGAAGAGUUCGGAUCAGCAGCUAUUCAGUGUUGUUCAAAAUGUCCGAGAAUCGUGAGGAGAUUCUAGCUAACUUUCAGAGUAUAACCGCCAUUGAAGAUGUCGCGGAGGCUAUUUACCACCUAGAUGAAUGUAAUUGGGAUCUACUGUCCGCCGUCCAUCGGGUACUGCCACAAGAUCCUCAGGAGCAGCGAUCGUCCGCCGGUAGUGGCGGCGGGGGUGGUGGUAGUAGUAGUAUCAGCAGCGGAGGGGGAGCCUUCGCCAGCUAUUCGAAUAAUUUAAACAGUUUGGAAGCCACAGCCAAUGUCGAGGAACUAAUGACGGCUCCAUCGUCACCGGUCAAGAGCUCAGCCGGAGGUACUGCAGGAAGUAGUGCCGGGUCCAGCCACAGUCGCAACUUGGAUAUGGAUUUUUUCUACGACGAUCCUUUCGGACUAAUUGAGCCAGGAGCAUCCACAUCACGGUCUAGCAGCAGUAACGACUUCCGAAGUGCGCUCAAUUAUCUGGACGUAACGCCACAUGACGUAGUUUUUAAGAUACAAUUCAACAACGAUGUGCACAAAGUGACCGUUCCAAAUACGGCGACGGUGGGCGAGUUGAAAACCAAAAUUUGUGAAAAGACAGCCGUUCCGGUUUGUCGGCAAGCUCUGAAGGGUUGGGAACUGGGUAAACAGAAAGACUUACAGAAUUCAUCAACGAUGCUCAAGUCGCUCAACAUAGGUAAGGAAGUAAAUCUGAUACUGUCCGACAUGACCGGAGAAGGCUUCUUGGGUGACACCGAUCCAAUGUCUUCUCAAAACCGGCUUAAUUAUACGCUGCACAUCAACGUCCAACCGGAGGGCAACCUGCUGGAGCUGAAGUUCCCCGGUCAUCAGAGCAUUCUGUCGAUUAAAACCGACGUCUAUACCAUAACGGACAUUCCGGUGCGGCAUCAGGUAUGGUUCGGCUGGCCGAACAAUGUGUCCAACAAUACGACGCUGGCUGAAUCCGGUGUCGAGCGGGAACAUAAUCUGGUGCUGAAGCGAGCUGACGAAGGAGCUAAGAUCACAAACAACAAUAACACCGCCAACACGGCCAGUACAAGCACCAGCAGUAGCAGUAGGAAUGUGUACAACAACAGUGACAGCAUGCCCAUCAUAGUAGAUUCGGAGAGCAGCGAAGAAUUUGAGGAUGCUUCGGACUUCAACAACGAUGACGAUAUUUUCACAGAAACACCUAUCAAUAGCCACCUGAAACAUUUGAUUCCCGACAAUGUGGAUGACGAAGCUAUCGGUAGUAUACAGUUCGUGGAGAAUUUUGUUGAACGCUACGGACAUCAGCAUCCGAUGUUCUUCCAGGGAAGCUUAGAAGAUGCACUGAAGGAAGCAUGUCGUCCAUCUGCUCGGGAUCGCAAACUUUUGGCAAUUUAUCUUCAUCACGACGGCAGUGUUCUGACGAACGUAUUCUGUGGUCAACUUCUAGCCUGUGAGAGCAUUAUCCAAAUGCUAUUGGAUCACUUUGUGCUGUACGGAUGGGAUUUAACUUUUGAAAGCAAUAAGAAUAUGUUUCUGUCCUCCAUAUCGGCAUGCGUUGGGAUGACCGCCUCAAUAACGGUCCGAAACAUUCCUGUCGACCGGUUGCCAGCCAUUCUUGUGAUAGCGAAAAACCGUAGCCAAUGCGAAGUUUUUCAAGUGAUUUAUGGUAAUGUCAGCGUAGAUGAUCUGCUGUCCCAGUUGAUGGAAGCCUCCGAUAUGUACGGCGAGCAGCUCAAGAUCGAGCUGCGCGAGGAAAACGAGCGAUUAGCUCGUGAACAGGUAAAACUUGAGCAGGAUGCGGCGUAUCGCGAAAGCUUGGAAGCCGAUCGCGCCAAACAGGAAGCCAAACGCCAGAAGGAACUGAUGAUGCAGUCUGAGCGGCGUCGGUUAGAAUCUGAGCGGGCCGACGCAGAAGCCAAACGAGAAAUGAUACGAGCCCAGGCACGGAUCACUGUUCCCCCGGAACCGGAACAGACCACCGGUGAAAAUAUAACAAAAAUUAGAAUUAGAGCACCGACCGGUUCGAUGCUAGAACGACGUUUCACAACGGACACUCCACUGCGCAUUCUGCUGAACUUCAUCACAGGGGAAGGCUUCCUGGUGGACGAGUUCAAGGUGAUCUCCAGUUGGCCGCGGAGAGACCUAACGACGCUAGACUGUGAGAAUACGCUGAAAGAUCUGAAACUAUACCCCCAGGAGACCCUGAUACUGGAGGAGCGAUGAUUCUAUCGCGGAUCAGACUGCUUCUUCUGCGCCACCGUACGUGUUUGCGCCGGUGGUGGAUUAGAUGCAACACAUUAGUAAUUUAUGUUUCCCUCCUCUUGUGCUCCAGUCGCAUGCUGCUGCUCGAUGCGUUUGCAGUUUCUCACACUUUGAUGGAAGAAUGAAAACGAGCUCCACAUAUUUGGCUUUUCCUAUACUCUUAUUUACUAUUCCUGGACAAACUUCUAUUCUUGUGGCUCGUUAGUUGGAGGAAGUUCUCAAAAUUUAUCCCCUCUCUCUAGAUGAGAAUUGUUUUGUUUGGAAUGUUUGGCAGAAAAAAAAAUACAAUCGUACUAGACGAGCAGAGAGCUAUUAUUUUAUAAAAGUGGAGGAAUAUGAAAAGCUUAAAGAAAAUUACUUGAAAUUAGGGCUGUGCACAAUGGAGGUUUAUCGAUAUCGACGAUAUUCAUUUAGUGAUAUAUCGGUAUCGGCGAUAUAUCGGGUUUGAAAAUAUCGGAUAUCGGAUCGAUAUCCGAUAAAAUAAAAAAAAUACAGUUUUUACCCGAGUUUGUCUACUACCGAUUUUAUCACGUUUCUAACUCUAAUUUGUCACCUCAAAACAAUUUGAAAAUUGUAGUCGCUCUUAUCCAUCUUGGUAAAACACCGCAAACGACAAUAAUUUUCAUGAAAUAACUUUCACCGCCUGUGGUUUAUUAAGAAUGAUUUUAGAUUUCCUGUCGAGGGUUUUGUAAGCUUUAUCGUUCAUGCGUUUUGUCUUUCGUCUUAGUGGGUACUGAUGCGCCCAAUUUCUCAAUACCAGACACAAUGGACAUUUAAAAAAAUGUGAUUGGCUUGCUACAUAUGUUUUGAAGGAUGUAGUCAGUUAGCCAAUGUAUGUAGUUUUUAGUUGAUUUAAUUGGGCAUCAUCAUUACAUCGAUUACAAAAAUUUAUCGAUAUCGGCGAUAUUUGAGUUCAAUGAUAUCGGAUAUCGUAUCGAUAAAUUUCAUCCGAUAAUAUCGAUAUUAUCGAUUUUAUCGAUAUUUACACAGCCCUACUUGAAAUAAAGCAGUAGGACGAGAAAUAAUUGGAAUGUGUAUUAUAGAAGCAAGCAUGCCAACCAAAAUGUGGAAGGAAGUAAGGAGCAGAAGUAAGAAAUAAACAACAUAAUCCUCAAA